GGAAAACCGGCAACAAUCUCUUUCCGCGCCAUGGGGGCCGGGGCAUCGAUUCAGGGGCUCAGCGCCGCCGACGUGGCCGCCGAAGUCGAGCGGCUCGGCGAGGCCUACCACGAGUACGCGCCGCUCUUUACGCGCAACGGCGUCGACGGUGCAAUCCUCCAGCGUCUCUCGGACACGGACCUCGACAACCUCCUCGUGGACCUCGGCGUCUCGAGUGCGCUGCACCGCAAGAUUUUGCUCUUGCACUUGUCCAAAAUCAAGACGGUGCCGACUGCGUCCUCAUCCUCGUCGCUCGAUAUGAACGACGGGCGCAUCUUGGUACACCGGAGUACACCGUCUCUCGCCCCGGCUCAAGUGCUCUCGCAGCUCUUUGCGUACCAAGGCAUCCACCUCAUUGAUCCUGACGAUCUCGCGUCGGUCGUUGCCAAGAUCGUGCCACUCGUCAAGCCCGUGUCGGCCCAGGACGAGUACGAUUGUUUCAUUAGCUACCGCGUCGCAAGUGAAAAAGAGGUGGCCGAAAAGCUCUACUUGCACCUGAAAACGAAAGGCUACGAACCGUUCCUGGAUCGUAUGUCGCUCAAGAACGCUGAGCCAUGGAAGGACGGGUUCUUACGGGGCCUCGGCCACUCGCACCUCUUUGUAGCGCUCGUCUCGGAAGCGGGCCUCGAGAAAGCGCGGGACCGGACGCAAAACCACCAUGAGGACAACCUCUUGCUCGAGUAUGAAGUGGCCCUCGAGAUUGCGACGGCCGGGCGAUUGAACGUCCUCCCCAUUUACGUCGCCGCGAGCAAUAAUGGCAACUUUGUCAAGUUCCAGGGCUUCAACCCGGACCUCUAUGCGCCAACUUUGGACCCAGAAGACGCCACCAACCGUCGCACGAGUGUGCCCAUUGCGGUAUCGUCUAAUCUCAGUGACGCGAUCAAGCGACGCCAGAGCGAGAUGCCGGCGUCGCGAUCGCUCCAGCCGAUUCCAAGCGAUGACGCCGCGGGCGCGGAUGCAAGCGUGAACCGCAAGGUGAGUCUCUCGGAAACGAUGACGACCAACUUUGAAGACCUUGUUGCAACGCUGUACACGGACGUGUACGACGACGUGUUUGAUGCGCUCGAGAAGAUCUUUGGCAUCGUCCAGCGCUCGAAAUACGCCAUCAAGUUUGCGCUCGCCAACGGAUGGGUUGCCCUUAUCCACGUGCUUUGCCACGAGAAAAUGGACGAAUUACAAAAAGACUAUGCAGCGGGCGCGCUCUCGUUCAUUGCGCCAGCGCUCGUGCUGCAACCCGACGGCGGCUCGGACGGCGUCUGGGCCGCCAUUGAGGAGUCGCUCGAGGCCCACCACGCCGAGCUCAUUGAAAAAGCGCUCGGUCAUGGCUCUGCGAUGCAAAAACAGUACAUUGCCGUGACCCUCAUGCACCUCUGCGAACGGGACCACCUCCGCGACGUACUCCGCAUGUCCGAGGAGCUCCAGCUCGUGCUCGAAGAACUCAAGCCCAAAGGCUCCCAAGUGCAAGCGCAUGCUUGCUCGAUCGUGCUCAUGCGCUGCUUUCCACCCACAGAACCAUCGGCAAGCGACGAAGUGGUCGCUGCGGACGCUAUCAUUGAGGAGUCCCCCGUCGAGACCGAGCCCGAACCGAUCCCGACUGUGUAGUUGUCCUGCAGUAAAUGCGUAAAGAUCGUUUUUCAACCAA